CCGCGCUUGGCAGCGGCUGUUGGCAAUCCUGAUUCGGAUCAAUAUUUCAGUUUCAGUGGGUUGAAGGAGCGGUACGGUAACAUGUAAAAUUUCCUGAAAAUUCUUUCAGUUAUUCUUCGCGUAAUGCCAGAAAUUGAUCCGGUGUUGAUGCUCUGGAAAAUUAAGGGAAUGUGAGGUUUAUGAGAUAAUGAUAUCAUUCGCUGGACUAUAGAUAAUAGCCACGAUGCCUCUGAGGAACAUCAUCCACCGGGCGUCCGCCUUCAUCCUGGGACCGCCAGAGGGCGCUGGUCCCGAAGGCUUUCGCUACGCAGACAACGAGAUCCUCUUCUGCAAGAACAACGUCUGCGUGCAUCCACCUGUCGCAGCAAGGCAGGAUUCGGAGGUGCUGCACCAUCCUGGUUAUCUGACAGUCACAACUAAGGUGUUCGUGGACCAGUACAACGAGUCCCGCAGACCCACCAUGUUCCUCACCUGGAUCCCCAACUCGGCACUAACGAAGCCCUCCGAAGAGGCUAACUCCCCUCUGAGGCACAAGGGAUCGAGUGUCGAGAGCCUCGCCUCCAACGGGUCCAGCGAGUGCUCUAAUAGGUCGAGCGAGUGCUCGAACAGGUCAAGUGAGUGCUCGAACAGGUCCAGCGAGUGCUCUAACAGGUCAAGCGGGUGCUCGAACAGGUCAAGCGGGUGCUUAGAUAGUGUCAGCGUGGGAUCGAAGAACACAAAUCCCUUCUUGGAGGGGGACAGAGAGUUGACGAGUUUGGAAGAGAGAGGCAUUCGGGUGAAUGUGGAUAUUUCUAGUCCGGGGAUCGAGAUAGUGCAGACGCCUGAUGAGGGCCACGCACCGACACGCUUCGAUUUUUCCGCGAGGUCCAGAUCAAUAUCCUCGUCAGACAGUCCUCUCAAUUGGGUGACUACACCCGAGUUCCUAAUGCAACAGCACAGUUUUCCCUUUCAAGACAGCAUAUCAAGUUCACCUAUCCUGAAUUCUAGACAGACACAUAAAUGCCGAAGGUUCAGCGUAGACCUGAGUCAGAUGAGAUCCCUUCGUCUAUUUUUCAGUGAUAAUAACUUCACAUGUGGACAAGUUGUUGUUGCCUCGCGCGAAUCUCAGUACAAAAUACUACAUUUUCAUCAUGGUGGUUUGGAUCAUUUAGCUCAAGUAUUACAUCAGUGGCAUUCUUUGCUGCACAAUAUCAAAUGUGCAAAAGGUAUCGAAGAAAACCUCCCGUACCGCCACUUCAUGGUAUGCAGACCGGAAGUAUCCGCCUUGGAGCUGCACCCGGAAGAAGGUCACGUGCCCAAGCUGACAGACGAAGUCUUCAGGCGCUUGUUCAGCGACGGCGGUCACAUCGACGACGAUUUGUCGUUGAGAAAGUGCAUCUUCUUCUCGGGCAUGGACAGGUCAAUCAGGCGGGAAGUGUGGCCGUUUCUGUUGCACGUGUAUCCCUAUCAGAGCAGCUACGAGGAGAGGGUGCAGAUUGCGGAAAUCAGAAAAAAUGAAUAUGAAGAGAUCAGUAGACGAAGACUGGACCUGAAUGAGAACAGGUUGAACCAGUUCAGGCGAACGAUACAGAGUGUUGUUGAAAAAGACGUAGUGAGGACAGACAGGGGCAAUCCCUUUUUUGCUGGUGAUGACAAUCCUAACCUUAUGACGAUGAAACAUAUAUUACUCAAUUAUGCUAUAUACAAUCCAAAACUUGGGUACACUCAAGGCAUGAGCGACCUACUGGCCCCCGUUCUUUGUGAGUUGCAAGACGAAGUCGCAGCCUUCUGGUGCUUCGUAGGGCUGAUGCAAAGGGCUGCGUUUGUAGCCACGCCUACCGACAGGGAUAUGGACAGAUGUCUGCGAUACUUGAGGGAGCUGAUCAGGCUGAUGGAGCCUGCGUUCUACAAGCAUUUGGAGAAGCAUGAUGACGCGAUGGAGUUGCUGUUCUGCCACCGAUGGAUUUUACUAUGUUUCAAGAGGGAAUUCACUGAAGGAGUCGCUCUUCGCAUGUGGGAAGCGUGCUGGGCGAAUUAUCUAACGGACUAUUUCCAUUUAUUUUUGUGCUUGGCGAUAAUAUCAGUAUACGCAGAUGACGUGAUUGCCCAAGACCUCCGAUCAGACGAAAUGCUCUUACAUUUCAGCUCUCUAGCGAUGUACAUGGACGGACAGCUGAUAGCCAGGAAAGCCAGAGGACUUCUCCACCAGUUCAGACAGAUGCGCGAGAUACCAUGCAGCCUGGCUGGCUUGUGCACCAAAUGUGGACCCGGAAUUUGGGACAGCUCCCACAAUCCCCGGAUUUUUUGCGUAGGGCACAAGAAUUCUGGGGUCUGCUACAAUUGUACAAACUGAAAGAAAAAUUAUUUGUAUUUUUUUUUGGUGAAUAUUAUAUCUUUCGAAUCAUCCAAAAAUA